AUGCACAAGAAGGCGGCGCUGCCGCAGAUCCCGGGCAGCCGGCGGGAGCUGGCGGAGCUCGUGAAGUGGAAGCAGGAGCUGGUGGAAACACUGGCCAACUUGGAGAGACAGAUCUGUGCUUUUGAAGGAAGCUACCUGGAAGACACUCAGAUGUAUGGCAACACUAUUCGUGGCUGGGAUCGGUACCUGACGACAAAAAACUCCAAUAGCAACAACGAUAAGGAGCGGCGCUUCAGUAAACCCUCAGUCACUUCAGCAGCUGCAGCAAGUGCAUUGGCAGGAGUUCAGGACCAGCUCAUUGAAAAGAGGGAGCCAGGAAGUGGGACGGAAAGUGAUACUUCUCCAGACUUCCACAAUCAGGGAAACGAGCCCAGCCAGAAGCACCCUGAGAAUCUGGAUGGCUCUGCGCGGGGAGUGAAACCUCAGAAGGCUGCUUCUUCUACUUCCUCAGGGAGCCGUCAGAGCAGCCGUAAAAAACGAAAGAAUAAAAACCGGCACAGGACUGAUCUGAAGUUAAACAAAAAACCACGAGCUGAUGAUUAG